CGUCGCGCGUGGCCACCGAGGCCACGCCUACUUCCGGCGACUCCGGCUCAGCAUGGCUGCUUUAGCGACUGUUCUCUUCAGUGAGUGGCAGGUGUCCGGAGGCUGCACUGCGGCGCAGCCGCUUGGGCGGGCAGCCAGUGGCGACUACAGCAGGGACUGGCUGCCAACCCCUCCGGCUACGGGCCCCUUACAGACCUCCCAGACUGGUCAUAUGCGGGUGAGCGCUGAUCUGACAGUUAACUCCACUGGGGAGAUUUUCACCCAGAGGGAACGCCCCUGGACGGGGAGCUGGGGGUAUCAAGAUGGCCGCCCUGCUCCCCCAAUGAAAGGCCAACUUCGAAGAAAAGCUGAAAGGGAGAAGUUUGCAAGACGAGUUGUACUGCUGUCACAGGAAAUGGACACUGGAUUACAAGCAUGGCAGCUCAGGCAGCAGAAGUUGCAGGAAGAACAAAGGAAGAAGGAAAAUGCUCUUAAAUCCAAAGGGGCUUCACUAAAGAGCCCACUUCCAAGUCAAUAAAAAGCAGCUUCUGCCUCCCUCA